GCUCCCUUCGGCCGGCGCCCCGGGGGCGGAGGGGAGGGGCCCACCGCGGUCUUAUUUCCGCGAGCGCGGGAGCCUCCCGCUCCGAGCCCGGGUCCGCGGAGCGCCACGCCAGCCUGCCCGCGUCCAUGCAGCCCCGCCGGCAACCGUCACCCGCGCCCCCGCCCCCGGCCCUGCGCCCCCGAGCCCCGCUGCUCGCGCUGCUGCUGUUGCUCUCCCUCCGGGGGGCGGCGGCGGCGCCCGCGGGGCCGGGGGCAGCCGAGGAGCCCUGGCGGCCGCAGGACGCGGGGCCGUUGCGCGGGCUCCUGCUGCAGGCGGCACGCGCGGCGCUGCACUUCUUCAACUUCCGCGCCGGCUCGCCCAGCGCGCUGCGAGUGCUGGCGGCCGUGCAGGAGGGCCGCGCCUGGGUUAAUCCAAAAGAGGGAUGUAAAGUUGACCUGGUGUUUAGCACAGAGCGCUAUAAGGCAGAGGGAGGCGAGGAAGGUUUGGGGAAAUGUUCUGCUCGAGUAUUUUUCAAGAAUCAGAAACCCAGACCAGCCAUUAACGUAACUUGUACACGGCUCCUUGAGAAAAAGAAACAAGAGCAAGAGGAUUACCUGCUUUACAAGCAAAUGAAGCAACUUACAGCCCCCUUGGAUGGAGUCAGCAUUCCUGACAGUCACGGACACAUUGACCCCUCUCUGAGGCCCGUCUGGGAUCUGGCUUUUCUUGGCAGCUCGUACGUGAUGUGGGAAAAGACAACCCAGUCUCUGCACUACUACUUGGCCCAGCUCACUGGCGUGAAGCAGUGGAAAACUGAUGAUGAGGAAAUUGAUUUUGAUUAUACUGUGCUACUUCAUGAAUUCUCAACACAGGAAAUAAUUCCCUGUCAUAUUCACUUGGUCUGGUACCCUGGCAAACAGCUUAAAGUGAAGUACCACUGUCAAGAGCUGCAGACAUCAGAAGCCUCUGGAACUGAAGAAGGAUCAGCUGCGGCACCAACAAAGCUUAGUAAUUUCUAAAAAGAAAACAGUGAUCUGCUUAUACUAAGUUCUAAACAAAAUCACUGUACCAGCCUAGAUCAUUAUUCUAGUAAAAUAGCUAAGAUGUAGGCAUUCUAAUAACUUAAGAAAGCCUAUGAUUAUAAGUAAAUACUCAAAAAUUAAAAGAUGUUGUUUUUUUGUUUGUUUGUUUUCCAACUAGUCUGCUUUAGUUUUUAACUCUGAGGGCCCAUGCAUACAGAACUCUGCUUUGUGCUAAUCUCCGGCAGUCUCCCCAAACUUUCAGCCCUAAAACAUAAAAUCCAGUCAACUGGUAAUGCUGCAACUGGUUCAACAAGUAUUUUGAAAAAACAAAGCAAAAAAUGAUGGUCACAUCUCUGAAUCUGCAUUUCUCAUAUUUUGAACAUAUUGUGGCUAUUUUAAGUUGCUAAAUUGCCUCUAUCAAGUAUGUAAACAAUAUUUUCAAUGAAAGUAAAUUGUAGGAAAAAUAUUAACUGUUUAAAAGGGUUUUAGUAUAUUUUAUGAUUCCAAGCAAGUAUUCCUUUUAAACUUGAUAUCUUUUAAAUAAAUAUUUACAUUUCUAAAUAAUAAAAAUGUGUUAAACACAUUUGUAGAGACUUGUAUAUAUAGGAAAAAAUUUUGGUGCUAAGCUGGAAUUAAAAAUGAAAUUUUAUUAUGACUUAAUUCAAAUUUUACAAAUAAUAAGAGUAUAUAUAUCUCACUACAUAAAGCUGUCUGCAAAUAUGCAUUAAGAAAACACUGAUGUAACUGAAAGUAUAUUAAGUACAUAAAAUUUUCAUUUAUAAGGACAACUUGGACCCAGUGUUGGCCUAAGUAAUUUAUAAAAGCAAACACAAUAUGGACUAUAAUCAAAUGUAGUGGAGUAUCUCCUUAAGGCAAGAAGAAUUGAUCCAGGAAAUGUCAUCAUCUGACUUUCAAAAUUAGUAUCAUUUACUGGAACACUUGUAUCAAUGUCUAAAAACCUUUAGCCAGGUUCCAUGACCAGUAAUUGAUUGGAAAGGAUCAGCCUUAAAGAAAUCAAAAUAUUGCUUUUAAGUCUGGACUGUUAGAUAAUUGGAAAAGUUUAUACUAAAGAGAAAAAUUCUAAAGAUGUGGACCCAUACAAAAUAAAAGUAAACAACUCAUUUACAUAUUUUUCUAUUUAAAAUCCCAUUUUUGCAUUUAUCUUCCCAACAUCCCCUUGAUUUGCCUUGUAUUCUGAAACACUGCAAACAAUCAUUUAAAGGAAAGAAUCUGCAAUGAUUAAAUCAUACGAAAAACAGAGGCUGAGGCAGAAGAAUUGCUAUAGCCUAGGAGUUUGAGACCAGCCAGAGCAACGUAACAAGAUCCUAUCUCUUAAAAAAAAUAAAGAAGGUAAAGUUAUCAAACGAAAAACCAACAGCCCAAACACUUAAUAUCACACAAAAGAGUAUCAAUAACAUGACACAUAUGAAUUUCACAAAUCUUUCACUUCACGUCCUGGGCCUAAGCAGAGGCAAUACUUGAGUGGUCUUUAACUUUGCAUAUUAGAGUCACCAGGGAAACUUUUCGUCCUGAUCCAUGUAGAGAACCUGAAUAUCUUACUUCUAAAGUUCCACAGCUGGUUUUUAAAGUGCAGCAAGGGUCGACACUUAGUGCAAUAAAUACCAUCUAGUGCUGCUUCCAUUCUCCAAAACAAGUACGUAAUACCGUCUUUCUGUGAAUUAGUCAACAAUUACCCUGCAAAAUAGUAGUAUAAAAAUCCUCUUUAUGAAUGGUCUCAUUACUUUUCUCCAUGCUACAGACUGAGGUUGGUACGUGGUCCUCACCAGCUGUGACCACACUAACAAGGUAGCAGGAGAUGUGGGUUCUUGUCUUGGAUUUGUCCACAUGUGGUCCUAUUCUAGUUAGUCCCACCCACUGGGCCAUCUUAUUGCCCAUGAAAUGCUGGUGUUGGAUUAGAUAUCUAGAACUUUUUCUGAUACUAUAACUUUAUAACCAGAAUGUUUAACAAAUUAAAAACAAGUCCAAAUUUAUCUUAGUUCCAGCGCUUCUGACCAUUCUUAAUAGCCAGACGAAUGAUGAUAACUCUAGAAGGUACACAGAAUGUGUUUCCUCAUUAGGAACAAUACGCAAAGUUAUUGUGAAAGGUGCGAGAUGCUGAUGAAUGCUACAGCAACCACAUUUCUCAGCCUUGAUGCCAGGGUAGCAAUAGACAUUCAUAGAGGAAAUGCACUUGGUGAGCAUCAAACUCAAGUAUCAGUUUGAAAACUUAAGCUGUGUGGUCUUAGCAAAGUUACUUACUUUCUCUGUGCCUUUACUUCCUCUAUUACAAAAUGGCAUAAUAAUGGUACAUACUCUCUCAUAGGGUUGUGGGAAAUAGUACAUUUAAAGUAUUUAGCAAAUGUCCUGAAAACAUACACUAAAUACUUUCAAAAAAAAUUUUUCCCCCAGAAAACUUAAGUUAUAGAGCCAAAUCUAAUAAAUCAAGAAAGCUAAAAAAAUUUAAAAUAAAUUAUUUUAUUUCUAUUAUCCAGUAAUGAAAAGGUCUAGGAUACAUCUAUGGCAUCAAAUGAUUUUUGGAUAAAGCAAUUCUAAGGAAUGUACUCGAACCGUCUGGGAAAGCCCAAAUUACUCUGGAAAUAAAAGCUUACCCAUUGUUCUUUCACAAUCUCAGUGAAUACCAUAUGUGCAUGUGAUAAAUUCCAAUAGACUAAACUUCAGCUAGCGCCUAGUAGGGGACUGAAACUAACUGGGCAGCAACUCUGAAAGUUAUAUUAUUUAGGAUGCAGAAAAGUCCAAUGAAUACAAACAAGGACAGCUUAUUUUUUACUCAUAAGAGUGGAAGGAAGUAAUAUUCAUAUUCCUAAAACACAGGCAGUUAUAAAUUUGCAAAAGCCACAAAUUGAAGCAAUCAGCCAUGUAUAAAAGACAGAAAUUUAGCUAAUGUUUUAAUAGCCCAAUGAAGAAUCUGAAAAAUGUUCUCUAUUGAGAUCAUGUGAAAUCCACUCUAAAACAGAAAACCUACCCAUUAAUGACACUCUAAGAAGUAUCACAACGCGCAUAAUUCACCUUCUUCAGCAAACUAAUGAUUAAUUUUUUUAAAUAUAGAGGUAUGAUACAUAGACAAUAGAGAAGGUAAUUUUAACAAAACAAAUUAAAUUAUUAACAAAGUUGCUCCUAGUUAACGUAGAUGAA